CUUUCACACCAACUUAUCUUUUUGCAAUAAUAAAAAAUGGAGCAAACCUACAUCAUGAUCAAGCCCGAUGGCGUUGCCCGUGGUCUCGUUGGUGAGAUCAUCAAGCGUUUCGAGCAGCGUGGUUACCAGCUCGCCGCCCUUGAGUUGAUGAACCCCACCAAGCAGUUGCUCGAGGAGCACUACCAGGACUUGAAGGGCAAGGGUUUCUUCGCCGGUUUGAUCGAGUACAUGGCCUCCGGACCCGUUGUCGGUAUGGUCUGGGUUGGUAAGGAUGUCGUCAAGGUUGGCCGCAAGAUGUUGGGUGAGACCAACCCCCUUGCCUCUGCUGCCGGUACCAUCCGUGGUGACUUCUGUAUCGAGGUUGGACGUAACAUCUGCCACGGCAGUGACUCUGUUGAGUCUGCCCAGCGCGAAAUCGCUAUGUGGUUCCCCCGUGGUGUCAAGGUUGCCUCCCGCAACACCUCCCUCCACGCCUUGAUCUACGAGAACUAGAUUAAGAAUCAAAAAAGCUAAAGCUAAAUUUGUUCCUUUUUAUUAUUCAUCUAAAAUCAAUAAAAUAAAAUAAAAUAAAAUAAAAUAAAAUAAAAAACAAGUCAAGUCGAGUCGAGUCGAGUUUCUCACGCCUUC